GCCCUCUCCUUUGACUAAGAUUUUGGCGGGGUUGGGCCCCGCGUGCCAUGGAUGUCGCGCGGCAUGCUGCCGCGGGGCUCCGUGGGCCUGCAGUUGCCGAGAAGUAAAACGGGGCCGACGGCCGCACCUACGCUUCGUCAAAAUGAGGGGCCGCGGAUGCCGUCGCUGAAGGGCUCCAUCGUCAUGGCCAUGAAGCCCAAGCAGCGCCCGCAGCCGCCGUGGCGCCCGGCGGGGAAAGCGCCCAAACCCGUGCCACGGAAGGUGGCCCCCCUGCCGAACCGCACGCUGCCGAAGAAGACGGGCCCCAGCUCGGCCCCUGGCAUCGUGCCGCUGAAGGGCUCCGUGGCCCUUGCGAAGGCCGGGCCAAAAGCCGCCAAGAAGAAGGUCCCAGGCCCAGCGCUGCGCGGCUCGGUGGCGCAGAUGCUGAAGGCGGCCAAGCCCCUGAAGGCCCCGGUGAAGGUGCGCCCAGUACGCCCAGUCCGCCCGCCGGCGCCCAAAACCGCGGCAACCGCCGGGAAGCGCACGCGGAACCUGCCGGACGCCUGGGAAAGCCUGAAAAAGCGGCGCCAUGACAAGCCCAUGGAGGACCUGGAGUUUCCCUCAGCAGAGCUCGAGGAAGAGUUUGAAGAAGUGGAGGUAGAGGUGGAGGAAGUCGUCCACAGGAACCUGAAGCCGAAGCAGCGGACCCCACAGCCGCCGCCGCCGCCGAAGCCGAAGCGGAAGAUUGUCUUCAAGGAGGUGAAGGCCCGUCUUGUUCACAAAGACCAGCAGAACCGCUUCUGGGAGUCCCUUUGCAGCCUCUCCGUGGCGAAUGUCCAAGGAAGACUCCGGGGAAGCAUCCAGUUCCUGAGCGCCGGCGGCCUGCCGCGGCGCAGGCUGCGAGGACAAAUCAGAGCAGGCCAGGAGAACAAGGUUGAGUUUUACAUCUUCGAGGAAUUCCCAGAGUCAGACCUUUGAGCCUAGCUCUGCUUGGGCAGGGGCCGAGAGUGCAAACGAUGCUGUUUGGCCUUAAGUUGCUCACUUCCUGAGUUCCCUUCAAACGGC